GAAAAACUCCCCACAGACACCCUGCUGCCUGGCGUCUUGCCAGGGCCAAGACGGGCUGAAAACUGGAAGUCCAGGCGGGUGGCCAGCUCCGCCUCUGAGAGCCAUGGCCCAGGGACACGGAGCCACGGUCAGCAUGGUCCUGCUGGGGCUGGGGCUGGCGCUGGCCAUCAUCGUGCCUAUCGUGGUCGUCUCUUGGCACCGUGUCCACUGUGGCCCCCAGGCCUUUGCCCAUGCUGCGGUUGCUGCAGACUCUAAGAUCUGCUCGGACAUUGGACGAGCCAUCCUCCAGCAGCACGGCUCACCCGUGGAUGCCACCAUCGCGGCUCUGGUCUGCACCGGGGUUGUCAACCCCCAGAGCAUGGGCCUGGGUGGAGGGGUCAUCUUCACUAUCUACAAUGCGUCCACAGGGAAGGUGGAGGUCAUCAACGCCAGGGAGACGGUACCCGCCAGCCACGUCCCAGGUCUGCUGGACCAGUGCAAGCAGGCCCAGCCUCUGGGCACAGGUGCCCAGUGGAUCGGGGUGCCUGGGGAGCUCCGUGGCUACGCUGAGGCCCACCACCGCCACGGCCACCUGCCCUGGGCGCAGCUCUUCAGGCCCACCAUCGCGCUGCUCCGGGGGGGCCUCCGCGUGCCCCGCAUCCUCAGCCGCUUCCUGCAUAGCAGCUACCUGCGCCCUUCUCUGCACGCAUCGUCCCUGAGGCAGCUCUUCUUCAAUGGGACAGAACCCCUGAGUCCUCAUGACCCACUCCCGUGGCCCGCGCUGGCCGCCACCCUGGAGACCGUGGCUGCGGAAGGCGCAGAGGCCCUCUACACAGGGAGGCUGGGCCAGAUGUUGCUGGAGGACGUUGCCAAGGAAGGGAGCCUGCUGACCCCGCAGGACCUGGCAUCAUUCCGGCCUGAGGUGGUGGACGCCCUGGAGGUGCCCCUGGGAGACUACACCCUGUACUCACCGCCACCGCCUGCAGGGGGCGCGAUUCUCAGCUUUGUCCUCAAUGUGCUCAAAGGGUUCAACUUUUCCGCGGAGUCAGUGGCCAGGCCCGAGGGGAGGGUGAACUUGUACCAUCACCUCGUGGAGACGCUCAAGUUUGCUAGCGGGCAGAGGUGGCGGCUGUGGGACCCUCGAAGCCACCCGGAGGUCCAGAACGCCUCCCAGGACCUGCUGGGGGAGGCUCUGGCCCAGCACAUCCACCAGCAGAUCGACACCCGGGGUGACCACCAGCUCAGCCACUACAGCCUGGCCGAGACCUGGAGCCACAGGAUGGGCACGGCCCACGUGUCCGUGCUGGGGGAGGAUGGCAGCGCUGUGUCUGCCACCAGCACCAUCAAUACGCCCUUUGGAGCCAUGGUGUACUCACCGCGCACGGGCAUCCUCCUCAACAACGAGCUCCUGGACCUGUGCUGGAGGCACCGGCGGGGCUCCGGAGUCACCCCACCUCCCGUUCCAGGUGAGCGGCCCCCUUCAUCCAUGGUCCCCUCCAUCUUGGUCAACGCAGCCCAGGGGUCGAAGCUGGUGAUCGGCGGGGCUGGCGGGGAGCUCAUCAUCUCUGCUGUGGCCCAGGCCAUCAUGAACAAGCUGUGGCUGGGCCUUGACCUGCAAGCUGCCAUUGCAGCCCCCAUCCUGCACGUGGACAGCAAGGGCCGGGUAGAGUACGAGCCCAGCUUCAGCCAGGACCUCAACUCUGAGAAUUUGGACCUGACAGCCUGGAAUCCAGAGAACCCCGAGCCCACGGCCCUCAGCUCCCUGGAAGGAGGUGAAGAAGGGGCUCCAGUACCGGGGCCAGAGCCAGACCGAGAGGCCCGUUUUCCUGAACGUGGUCCAGGCCGUGUCCCAGGACGGGGCCUGCGUGUACGCCGCAGCGGACCCCAGGAAGGGUGGGGAGCCCUCAGGCUACUAAAGAGGCUGCUCCCUCCCCAGAGCUGGGAUCCCACCCAGCACACGUCCAGGCUAGCCUGGUCCGGCAGAAUCUGGACCCCUUGGCUGGACGGUCAGCCUGGGGCUUCAAGAGGUGGGGACAGCCCAGCAGAUGGACGGCUGUGGGGGCCGAGCCCUGCCCUCCCAGAGCCCCUGUGGCCCUGCCCUGACCCCUCCAACCUCCCCAGGCCUCUCACCCAGGACUGGGCCCCCGCUCCCCGAAACCCCAUUCCCCACCUGUGUAUCUUCCAGUCCAAGAUUAAAGAAAAGGCUGCACCACGCCUGAUUCAGGGUCGAGGUGGGGAGGGGACCUUCAGAAAGCACGUGCAGUGAGCUGCAGCCCUCCACACACACCACCACGGAGCCAGGGAAACCAGACACGGGCUGGGCCUUCUCCAGGCCACCCUGGACACUUGCUGGGGCUCCGCACACGCCUUUGGGAGGAAGGCAGGGGUGUGGCCUGGGGGCACCUGUCCCUGGCUCCUGGGGGCCCUUGGCUCAGGCCCGUCCUGGAGCUUGUCCUCCGUGCCAGGAAAAGGCUGGAUGAAGCGAGACCUAAGCCCUCCCCAGCCCCCAACUCCAACAUGUUCUCACCCUCAGCACUGUUGAUGUUUUGGGUGAGUCAUUCUUCGCGGGGGUGCUGUCCACGCACUGUAGGCAGUGGAGCAGCAGCCCUGGCCUCCCCUUGCUAGGUGCAGGGUCACCCCACCCCCACGGCCAGUCACCAAACCACCCCCGAUUGAGACCCGCGAGCCCCCAGCCACCGUGGAUGGCUCUGCCAGCUCCUGAGUGCGCCACCCUCCCUGGGGGGUCCUGCCCCAUGCCGAGUCCUGGGAGCACUGGGAGUUCCUGUUUCACCCCAAACAUCCCACAGGGGUGUACCUCCGCCUGGAAGGACGCCACUACAGAUCCAUCACCUCCCAUUCUGCCUGGAGUUCAGCCACACAGGACGGGUUGGGUGUUGCUCCUGUGCCUGCUGGGACAGAGCACUACACACCGAGGGCCUUCAGACAACAGACACCCUCGCCGCAGUGCCUCCCAGCUGCAUCCCCAGAGCAUGAGAACGGUGUCCCUGCACUCCUGACUCACCCUCUGCCAUCCCUGGGACCCUCACCGUCCCCUGGAGCCUCAGUUACCACUUGUGAACUGAUGGGUCCCCGCCCAGGCUCUAGCCCAGGUUUCUGGACCAUCAGACUCACAUACCCACUCACCCGCCCACCUCCCACCUCCAGAGCACCUGGGAUCCACAGGCACCUCGGACUCAAUACACCCAACCAGAAGCCAGCUCUGAGGCAGCCGGAAGUUCUCUGGUGCCCCCCUCUCCCCCCUCCAUGAUAGUCACCCAGUCCUCUCCCUCCAUAUGUGUGGCUUGGCCUUGGUUCCAUCCCUUCAUCCCUUUCUGCCUCCUUGCCGCUGCCACAGCCUCGAUCCACUCCCUACUCGUGACAGUGAUGAGCCUUGGAAAAUGCAUACCUGAUCCUGCCAUGAGGCCACACAGAGCCCUCCUUGGCUUCUGGGGGCCCCUGGAGGAAGCCCAUUCCUCUUGCUCCCUGCUCAUCCCACCCUAGGUUACUUGCCUGGCCCCUGCCCACAUCCCUCUUGGACCACAAGUAAUGCCAACCAAGAUGCAUUCCCAGCCCAGUUAGCGACUCUUACAGCCUCUUUAAACAUCUUGUUACACAGAGGAAAUCAAAGCGGUAUCUUCAAAAUAACAUUCACAUCAAUACAGAUCAGCCCCCACAGAAUAUAGCUAAAGCAGGGCUCAGAGGAAAAUAUAUUGCCUUAAAUAGUUACAUUAAUAAUAAUCAAAACAAAAUAUCUAACAUACCAAGUUAGUAAAAGAACAACCAGAACAGUAAGGAAGGCAAGAGGAAGAAUUUAGUAACAACUGAAGCAGAAAUUGAUAAACUUGAAGUCAGAAGAACAGAUCUUUGAAAAAGAUAUAUAAGCUAUUAGCUAGCCAAUUAGUAAAAAUGAAGGACGUGUAAAUACACACAAAAAAGAAAUGAGAACGGGGAAAUAACCUAAGCUAUAGAGGAAGUUAGAAGUACUAGAAAAGAUUACUCAUUUUAAUAAAAAUAAAUUUGGAAACUUGACAAAAUAACUUUCUUUCUAGGAUGAUGUAAGUAGAAUUGCGAUACUUAACACACACUAAAAACAUUGGCACUUAUCUGAAAUUCAGAUUUAAUUGGGCAGGCUUUAUUUUUACUUGCUAAAUCUGGCAAGCUUAAGUAUAAAUGACAAACGGGUCCAAGAAAGAGCAAAGGUCUAGACAUGUCAGUGAUCACAAAAAAAAACUGAGAACGUGGCAGGAACACUGGUCUAUCUCAAAUGCCCUUCUGGAAAGUUUCCCAGGCGAAGUGUGUCCUGCCGUUAGGAUCAGAGGCCUGUCUUGCCAGUUAAGCCGCCACAGUGUAGAGCCCGGAGGAACAUUUCCACAUUCACUUUAUGAAGUCAGCAUAGGACUAGCCCCAAACUUGGCAAAGCACACCAAAGGCCAGUUGUGUUUGGGAAACAACACAAAACUCCUCAAACAAAUACAAGCAAGGAGACUCCAAGCAACACAUUCAAAAGGACAGGGUGUCCGGGUGGGGCCAACACCACUACUGAUGGGAAUGUCCAUGAGAGGGACUUGUGCUCCUUUCACCAGAGGAGAAAAAUCACGGAGUCCUCUCCAUGGAGAGGCA